ACGAGUUGUAGUCGAAAGGCAUUGUGGUCUAGAUCCGCCCACUCGGACAGAUUUUGGAAGUGUUUCUUGUCUUGUCAUUCAAGGAUUUAAAACCCGUUUUACAUGUUGUUUAGUGGCUACGUGGCAUAUAGCUACAUGGUCAGUUAUACCUAUUCCUUGACGCUUUGAAGAAACAAGUUGGCAAAGGGUUGAUUAACUUUUAUGAGUGAGUUUUGUUUGUCUUUGUACUUUGUUGUUUUAGCUACCAUCCAGCUAGCUAGCCAACUAACGAUUGUUGGCUAGCUAGCUACUGUACGUUAGCUAGGUAGCUGUAUGAAGUUUGAUUAGCUAGUGAUUUAGAGUUUGUUCUUUCUAGAUUUAUCUUUCUUUUCAGUAGAUCGUUUUGAAGUUCCUCAACUCACUAGCAAUCAUGUUUGAUGUUUAUUUCAUUUGCCAGUUUAAUGUUUCAUUCAUUUUGCUAGCUUCGAUAGCUAGCUAACCAAGACCGGACGCUAACUAGCUAACUUAGGUAGUUAACUAAAUUAGCUGCCUGUGAGUUGAAAUCACUGUGAUGGUUUACUCAUAUCAGUUGAACAUCCUUUGUUAUUAUCUUGGUAUAUUUGUCUAGACAGACAAUUAGUUAGCUAACCAGCUAGCUUGCUCCUAGGAUGAGGAAGUCAGAAAAAUAGCACCUGUAAAGGUGCAGAUAGUUAGCUGACUGGGGUGUAUUCAUGUACAAUUAAAUGGUUUCUAGGAUGUUGUAAGGCUAUUGGCAUUGUGCCAUCAAGGGCAAUCGCUUACUAGGGGAGUGAAUGAGGGUGACCGCCCACGAAACUGUCAACACUUGCACAACUAGACUGCUAUACAUAGAAUAACUUUUUUUAAAGGGGUAAACCAAAGAUUACACAUGUUCAGCCCUGGUUUGGUCAAUACAAUUCAAUCUAAACAACAAAUGUUUCUGAACACACUUCUUAACAGCGUCACCUCUGAAUCCACUGUUGUUGACUGCUUUAGUACAGUAAUCGAUGACUCGCUCUUGUUUCGAUUAUUAUUGUAUCUAGGCGCCACUAUAACCUCAAUCUCCCAGGAUUUGAUGCUUGCUGCCACCCUGCUCUCUUUAACCCAUUGAUGACCCCAUCUCGUACUGGGCCAAGAUGAAAGCUCUGAUCCUAGUGGGUGGCUAUGGAACCAGACUCCGGCCUCUAACCCUCAGUGUUCCUAAACCACUGGUGGAGUUUGCCAACAAACCCAUCCUUCUGCAUCAAGUUGAAGCCCUGGUCAAGGUUAGUGACACUUACAACCUGUCAUUGUGAAUAUUCAUUUGUCAUUGAUGUAUAAUCGACCUACUGUAACAUUCACAUGUACAGUGUAGAUGGAUUGGCUGUACCUAGUACAGUAUGCAUACGUAUUGUUUACACAAUUUAACAUGGGAGAAUAUCUCAUUGACAACAAGCAGGAGCACUGUUUUGUUAGUAGUCUAAACAAGACCUGGAAGGAUUGCUCUGGCUGCUGUUGGGUCUCAAGGCUGACUAGUGAGUCGUACAACCUGCCGUCAUGUACAUUCAUACAUCAUGGAUUUAUAAUCUAUCUGGUAGAUGGAUUAUAAAUCUACUGUAACAUUCACAUGUACAGUGUAAAUGGUUGUACCUACCUACUCUAGUACAAUGCAAUAUACAAUAUCCAGGAAAGCAAAGUGGCCACUAGCCUAAACAAGACCUGGAAGUAUUCCUCUGCCGUUGGACUCCAAGGCCAAGUCUGUGUAUGUUGUUUAUUCUGUGUCUGACUGUCGACAGGCUGGAGUUAACCAUGUAAUCCUGGCUGUGAGUUACAUGUCAGAUCUGUUGGAGCGAGAGAUGAGGGUUCAGGAAGAGAGGGUAAGGCUUUCUCCUGUUGUCAAUGUAUCUAUUGUUUUUUUGUAUUUGAGCUUUUUGUCUAAACUAAGUACUUGACCCACGUACUGUUUCUGUUUUACAGCUUGGUAUUAGAAUCUCCCUGUCACACGAGAAGGAACCACUUGGAACAGGUACGGCGUAUACAGUCAUUAGUCUGCUCCUACAAGUUAGGGAGAAAUCUCACCAGACCGUUUGUCGGUGUGCACAGUACAGGGCCGUUGGCUUGCUGUCGGCGGGGUUGUGUAUAGGCGCCGUGCUGCUGUGGCGGGGUGUUAGGGACCCCCACGUUGCUGCUGUCGGGCGGUGUGUUUAGGACACCGCCGUGUUGCUGCGCGGUGGAUAGGUACACCCGCGUUGGCUGCUGUCGGCGCGUUGUUAUAGGGACCACCGCCGUUGGUGCUGUCGGGCGUGUGUUUAGGACACCCGCGUUGGGACUGACGGAUGUGUUUUUACACUGUUUCAUGAGCAACUUGGUUGACAACUUGGAUGGGAAAAAAUUCUGAGGAUAAAUAGCAGACGAUAUUGCCACUCCUAUUGGCCAUAUCGUCAAUCUUUGCCUACAAGAAAGUGUGUGCCCUCAGGCCUGGAGGGAAGCAAAAGUCAUUCCGCUCCCCAAGAAUAGUGAAGCCCCCUUUACUGGCUCAAAUAGCCGACCAAUCAACCUGUUACCAACCCUUAGUAAACUUUUGAAAAAAAUUGUGUUUGACCAGAUACAAUGCUGUUUUACAGUAAACAAUUUAACAGACUUUCAGCAUGCUUAUAGGGAAGGACAUUCAACAAGCACUUACACAAAUUACUGAUGAUUACUGAGAGAAAUUGAUAAUAAAAAGAUUGUGGGAGCUGCUUUGUUAGACUUCAGUGUAGCUUUUGACAUUAUUGAUUAUAGUCUGCUGCUGGAAAAACAUAUGUGUAAUGGCUUUACACCCCCUGCUAUAUUGUGGAUAAAGGGGUACCUGUCUAAUAGAACACAGAGGGUGUUCUUUAAUGGAAGCCUCUCCAACAUAAUCCAGGUAGAAUCAGGAAUUUCCCAGGGCAGCUGUCUAGGCCCCUUACUUUUUUCAAUCUUUACUAACGACAUGCCACUGGCUUUGAGUAAAGCCAGUGUGUCUAUGUAUGCGGAUGACUCAACACUACAGUCGUGGUCAAAUGUUUUGAGAAUGACACAAGUAUUGGUCUUCACAAAGUUUGCUGCUUCAGUGUUUUUAGAUAUUUUUUUCAGAUGUUACUAUGGUAUACUGAAGUAUAAUUACAAGCAUUCCGUAAGUGUCAAAGGCUUUUAUUGACAAUUACAUUAAGUUUAUGCAAAGAGUCAAUAUUUGCAGUGUUGACCCUUCUUUUUCAAGACCUCUGCAAUCUGCCCUGGCAUGCUGUCAAUUAACUUCUGGGCCACAUCCUGACUGAUGGCAGCCCAUUCUUGCAUAAUCAAUGCUUGGAGUUUAUCAGAAUUUGUGGGUUUUUGUUUGUCCACCCGCCUCUUGAGGAUUGACCACAAGUUCUCAAUGGGAUUAAGGUCUGGGGAGUUUCCUGGCCAUGGACCCAAAAUUUCGAUGUUUUGUUCCCGAGCCACUUAGUUAUCACUUUUGCCUUAUGGCAAGGUGCUCCAUCAUGCUGGAAAAGGCAUUGUUCGUCACCAAACUGUUCUUGGAUGGUUGGGAGAAGUUGCUCUCGGAGGAUGUGUUGGUAACAUUCUUUAUUCAUGGCUGUGUUCUUAGGCAAAAUUGUGAGUGAGCCCACUCCCUUGGCUGAGAAGCAACCCCACACAUGAAUGGUCUCAGGAUGCUUUACUGUUGGCAUGACACAUGACACAUGACUGAUGGUAGCGCUCGCUCACCUUGUCUUCUCCGGACAAGCUUUUUUCCGGAUGCCCCAAACAAUCGGAAAGGGGAUCCAUCAGAGAAAAUGACUUUACCCCAGUCCUCAGCAGUCCAAUCCCUGUACCAUUUGCAGAAUAUCAGUCUGUCCCUGAUGUUUUUCCUGGAGAGAAGUGGCUUCCUCGCUGCCCUUCUUGACACCAGGCCAUCCUCCAAAAGUCUUCGCCUCACUGUGCGUGCAGAUGCACUCACACCUGCCUGCUGCCAUUCCUGAGCAAGCUCUGCACUGGUGGUGCCCCGAUUCCGCAGCUGAAUCAACUUUAGGAGACGGUCCUGGCGCUUGCUGGACUUUCUUGGGCGCCCUGAAGCCUUGUUCACAACAAUUGAACCUCUCUCCUUGAAGUUCUUGAUCCGAUAAAUGGUUGAUUUUAGGUGCAAUCUUACUAGCAGCAAUAUCCUUGCCUGUGAAGCCCUUUUUGUGCAAAGCAAUGAUGACGACACGUGUUUCCUUGCAGGUAACCAUGGUUAACAGAAGAAGAACAAUGAUUUCAAGCACCACCCUCCUUUUAAAGCUUCCAGUCUGUUAUUCUAACUCAAUCAGCAUGACAGAGUGAUCUCCAGCCUUGUCGUCGUCAACACUCUCACCUGUGUUAACGAGAUAAUCAUUGACAUGAUGUCAGCUGGUCCUUUUUGUGGCAGGGCUGAAAUGCAGUGGAAAUGUUUUUUUGGGGAUUAAGUUCAUUUUCAUGGCAAAGAGGGACUUUGCAAUUAAUUGCAAUUCAUCUGAUCACUCUUCAUAACAUUCUGGAGUAUAUGCAAAUUGCCAUCAUAAAAACUGAGGCAGCAGACUUUGUGAAAAUUAAUAUUUGUGUCAUUCUCAACUUUUGACCACGACUGUAUACACGUCAGUUACUACAGAGAGUGAAGUUACUGCAACAUUUGACAAAGAGCUUCAGUCAGUUUCAGAAUGGGGGCAAGAAAUAAGUUAGUCCUAAAUAUUUCAAAAACUAAAAGCAUUGUAUUUGGGACAAAUCAUUCACUAAACCCUAAACCGCAACUAAAUCUUGCAAUUAAUAAUGUGGAAAUUGAGCAAGUUGAGAUGACAAAACUGCUUGGAGUAACCUUGAAUUGUAAACUGUCAUGGUUGAAACAUGUUGAUGCUACAGUAGCUAAGAUGGGGAGAAGUCUGUCCAUAAUAAAGCGCAACUCUGCCUUCUUAACAACACUAUCAACAAGGCAGGUCCUACAGGCCCUAGUUUUGUAGCACCUGGACUACUGUCCAGUCAUGUGGUCAGGUGCCACAAAGAGGGAUUUAGGAAAAUUACAAUUGGCUCAGAACAGGGCAGCACGGCUGGCCCUUAAAUGUACAUGGAGAGUUAACAUUAAUAAUAUGCAUGUCAAUCUCUCGUGGUUCAAAGUAGAGGAGAGAUUGACUUUUUGUAAGAAGUGUUGACGUGUUGAAUGCACCGAGCGGUCUGUUUGGAAUGCUGGCACACAGCUCGGACACCCCAUGCAUAGCCCACGAGACAUGCCACCAGAGGUCUCUUCACAGUCCCCAAGUCCAGAACAGACUAUGGGAGGCGCACAGUACUACAUAGAGCCAUGACUACAUGGAACUCUAUUCCACAUCAGGUAACUGAUGCAAGCAGUAGAAUCAAAUUUAAAAAACAGUUAAAAAAUACACCUUAUGGAACAGCGGGGACUGUGAAGAGACACACAGGCACAGACCAACGCAUACGCAAAGUAGUGGCCUGAGGGAACACACUUAAUGUGUUGUGAAAAGUGUUAUGAAAUGUAAUGUCAUGUAAUAUUUUAAAUUGUAUAUAACUGCCUUAAUGUAGCUGGACCCCAGGAAGAGUAGCUGCUGCCUUGGGAGGAACUAAUGGGGAUCCUUAAUAAAUACAAAAAUGAGCAGAAAUAAAAUAUCCCAGAAAUAUUCCAUAUGCACAAAAAGCUUAUUUCUCUCAAAUGUUGUGCACAAAUUGGUUUACAACCCUGUUAGUGAGCAUUUCUCCUUUGCCAAGAUAAUCCAUCCACCUGACAGGUGUGGCAAAUCAAGCAGCUGAUUUAAACAGCAUGAUCAUUACACAGAUACCAUGACGAGAUCCUGAGGCCCAUUGUCGUGCCAUUCAUUCGCUGCCAUCACCUCAUGUUUUAGCAUGAUAAUGCACGGCCCCAUGUCGCAAGGCCUGUACGGCCCUCCUUUUGCUGUAGUCUACGAUCAGCUCCUUUGUCUUGCUCACAUUGAGGGAGAGGUUGUUGUCCUGGCACCACACUGCCAGGUCUCUGACCUCCUCCCUAUAGGCUGUUGCUCCUCCCUACAGCUGGUGCUCUCAUGCAUGCUUCAGUGUUGCUUGCCUCGAAGCGAGCAUGAAAGGCAUUUGGCCCGUCUGGUAGGCUCGCGUCGCUGGGCGGCUCGCGGCUGGGUUUCCCAAUCAACAGCCUGAUCAACUCUAUGCAAAGGAGAUGUGUCGCGCUGCAUGAGGCAAAUGGUGGUCACAACAGAUACUGACUAGUUUUCUGAUCCACGCCCCCUACCUUUUUUUGAAGGUACAGUAUCUGUGACCAACAGAUGCAUAUCAGUAUUCCCAGUCAUGUGAAAUCCAUAGAUUAAGGCCUAAGAAUUGACUGAUUUCCUUACAUGAACUAACUCAGUAAAAUCGUUGACAUUUUUUGCAUGUUGUUUAUUAUAGAAUCGGUUUGCAAAUUACGGCCGGCACUCUGUUCAGAGGUGCUAAGUACUAUCGGGCCGGCAGACGCUCAACAAUCGUACCAGUCUGUCAGUGCCUUGUUUAGGGCUUUCCCAUGGUCCUCUUUGCUCAUGAAUAGGGACAGGAUUUUCCUGACUGUGAAAUGGUCUGGUGAUCAGUGGUCACAUGUUCAGGACAUACUCAUGAGCUACAACAUAAUGUGAGGACAUUCUGAUGCUGCAGAAUGAAUGUAUCUAUGGUGUACGACGGACACUUUCAGCCCAGCAGCAAUGGAUCCUUUUUUAUAGGCAUAAAAAUCUAGUUGAUUGAAUAGAAUUGAACUGUUCACCCCCAAGUUUGUAUGUCCUUUUAUACUUACGGAAAAUACACAAAGUUAAUAGAAUAUAAUUGUUCACCCAGAGUGUGUUGUCCUUGUCCCCCAGCCGGUCCUCUUGCUCUGGCCAGAGAGCUGCUAACAGACAACGACGAGCCGUUCUUCGUCCUCAACAGUGAUGUCAUCUGUGACUUCCCCUUCGAGGACAUGUUAAAGUUCCACAAGCACCACGGCAGAGAGGGAACCAUUGUGGUAAAAGUUAAACUGUUUUAAUGUUGGCCCUGUCCAUACACCGUAACAACCCAUAACUCCUACACCCUAGAUACUCCUGAACGGUGUAUUCGGAAAGUAUUCAGACCCCUUGACUUUUUCCACAUUUUGUUACGUUUCAGCCUUAUUCUAAAAUAGAUUUAAUGGUUUUUCCCCCUCAUCAAUCUACACACAAUACCCCAUAAUGACAAAGCAAAAACAGGUUUUUAGAAUUUUGCACAUUUUAUCAAAAAAAAAACAACUGAAAUCACAUUUACACAAGUAUUCAGUCCAUUUACUCAGUACUUUGUUGAAGCACCUUUGGCAGCGAUUACAGCCUCGAGUCUUCUUGGGUAUGACGCUACAAGCUUGGCACACCUGUAUUUGGGGAGUUUCUCACAUUCUUCUCUGCAGAUCCUCUUAAGCUCUGUCAGGUUAAUUAUGAGCAUCACUGCACAGCUAUUUUCAGGUCUCUCCAGAAAUGUUAGAUCGGGUUCAAGUCCGUGCUCUGGCUGGGCCACUCAAAGACAUUCAGAGACUUGUCCCAAAGCCACUCCUGCGUUGUCUUGGCUGUGUGCUUGGCGUCGUUGUCCUGUUGGAAGGUGACCCUUUGCCCCAGUCUGAGGUCCUGAGCGCUCUGGAGCAGGUUUUCAUCAAGUAUCUCUCUGUACUUUGCUCCGUUCAUCUUUCCCUCGUUCCUGACUAGUCUCUCAGUCCGUGCCGCUGAAAAACAUCCCCACAGCAUGAUGCUGUCACCACCAUGCUUCACCGUAGGGAUGGUGCCAGGUUUCUUCCAGACGUGACGCUUGGCAUUCACGGCCAAAGAGUUUAAUCUCGGUUUCACCAGACCAGAAAAUCUUGUUUCUCAUGGUCUGAGAGUCCUUUUGGUGCCUUUUGGCAAACUCCAAGCGGGCUGUCAUGUGCUUCCGUCUGGCCACUCUACCAUAAAGGCCUGAUUGGUGGAGUGCUGCAGAGAUGGUUGUCCUUCUGGAAGGUUCUCCCAUCUCCACAGAGGAACUCUGGAGCUCUGUCAGAGUGACCAUCGGGUUGUUGGUCACCUCUGUGACCAAGGACCUUCUUCCCCGAUUGCUCAGUUUGGCCGGGCGGACAGCUCUAGGAAGAGUCUUGGUGGUUCCAAACUUUUUCCAUUUAAGAAUGAAGAAGGCCACUGUGUUCUUGGGGACCUUCAAUGCUGCAGAAAUGUUUUGGUACCCUUCCCCAGAUCUGUGCCUCGACACGAUCCUGUCUCGGAGCUCUACGGACAAUUCCUUGACCUCAUGGCUUAGUUUUUGCUCUGACAUGCACUGUCAACUGUGGGACCUUAUAUAGACAGGUGUGUGCCUUUCCAAAUCAUGUCCAAUCAAUUGAAUUUACCACAGGUGGACUCCAAUCAAGUUGUAGAAACAUCUCCAAGGAUGAUCAAUGGAAACAGGAUGUACCUGAGCUCAAUUUCAAGUCUCAUAGCAAAGGGUCUGAAUACUUAUGUAAAUAAGGAAUUUCAGUUUUCGCUUUGUCAUUAUGGGGUAUUGUGUGUAGAUUGAGGAUUUUUAUUUAUUUAAUCAUUUUUUUAGAAUAAGGCUGUAAGGAACAAAGUGGAAAAGGGGAAGGGGUCUGAAUACUUUCCAAAUGCACUGUAGAUCUGAGAGGAUUGGCUAGGUGUAAGCCAUAUGGUGAAAAUACCACCCGGCUCAUCAGAGGGCAAGGUGGGAACACUACCACACUGGUUUAUACGCAAUCAGCUGUGUUUAGAGGCUAUGGGUUGUUACUGGAUAGAACCUUGUAGAGCCAAUCAGCACUGUGAAAAUGUUUCAGGGGAUCAGCUUGAGCAAGACAAGAGCUCUAAUCAUUAGUGAUGCAAGGUGAUUUUUUACGGACUGCAAUGUAGUCAAUCUCAAACAAGCACACGUCUGUUCCUAGGUAACGAAGGUAGAGGAGCCGUCUAAGUAUGGUGUGGUGAUGUACGAGGUAGAGAACGGACGAAUCCACCGUUUUGUGGAGAAACCCCAGGUGUUCGUCUCCAACAAGAUCAACGCAGGGAUGUACAUCUUCAGCCCAACCAUGCUCCAGAGGAUCGAGGUUAGUGCAGUUGGAAAACUCUUAAUUUAUCACAUAAUAUGAUGUUUCAACACAGCUAGUAAAGAAACAGCUUCAUUUUACAUUUUAGUCAUUUAGCAGACGCUCUUAUCCAGAGCGACUUACAGGAGCAAUUAGGGUUAAGUGCCUUGCUCAAGGGCACAUCGACAGAUUUUUCACCUAGUCGGCUCGGGGAUUAGAACCAGCGACCUUUCGGUUACUGGCACAACGCUCUUACCCACUAAGCUACCUGCCGCUUCUUUCAUGGAUCCUAUUUAGAAUCUAUUUUGUAACCUUCAGCCGAUCUUCUGAAAAAUGUAUUCACUCACUGUACUGUAAGUCACGUUGGAUAAAAUUGUGUGCUAAAAAAGUGGAUUGUGGCAUGUUCACUGAGUGUACAUAACAUUAGGAACACCUCAGAACAGCCUCAAUUCGUCGGGGCAUGGACUCUACAAGGUGUCGAAAGCGUUCCACAGGGAUGCUGGCCCAUGUUGACUCCAAUGCUUCCCACAGUUGUCAAGUUGGCUGGAUGUCCAUUGGGUGGUGGACCAUUCUUGAAACACACGGGAAACUAUUGAGCGUGAGAAAACCCAGCAGCGUUGCAGUUCUUGACACACUCAAACUGGUGUGCCUGGCACCUACCAUACCCCGUUCAGAGGCACUUUAAAUAUUUUGUUUUGCCCAGUCACCCUUUUGAAUGGCACACACUACACAUUCCAUGCCUCAAGGCUUAAAAAUCCUCCUUUGACAUCAAUAAGGGAUCAUAACUUUCACCUGGAUUCACUUGGAAAGAGUCAUGGAAAGAGCAGGUGUUCAUAAUGUUUUGUACACUCAGUGUAUGUUGUAUUUCCUCCAGCUCAGGCCCACCUCCAUUGAGAAGGAGAUCUUCCCAUUGAUGGCUGAGGAGAACCAUCUCUACGCCAUGGAGCUACAAGGGUUCUGGAUGGACAUUGGUCAGCCCAAGGACUUCCUGACAGGGAUGUGUAUGUACCUGCAGUCUGUUCGACAACACACGCCUGACAGACUGAGGACUGGGCCUGGGUUCCUGGGUAACGUACUGGUGGUGAGUCAACCAAGACGGGCAGAUCUGAAAAAAACAUUGCAUAUGUGGAAGUAAUAUGAUAGUAGCUCCACCCUGCCCUCUGAUUGGCUCGGUGGUAUUUGCGCAAUUUUGCUGCCCUCUGAUUGGCUUGGUGGUAUUUCCUCAAUUUUGCUGCCCUCUGAUUGGCUUGGUAGAAUUUCCUCAAUUUUGCUGCCCUCUGAUUGGCUUGGUAGAUUUUCCUCCAUUUUGCUGCCCUCUGAUUGGCUUGGUUGUAUUUCCUCAAUUUUGCUGCCCUCUGAUUGGCUUGGUGGUAUUUCCUCCAUUUUGCUGACACCUUUUCAGAUCUCGAGGGCCUAGGGUUUGUUUCUGGACUAAGCCACAAAAUAUAGACAGACACUGGCGUAAGAUUGUAGGCCACGCUAUCUGUAUAACUAAGUUACACACGUAGUGUGUCCCUACACUUACACACACAUUCCACCAGAGGGCGCCUCAUCUGAAUAGCAUAUAUAACCUACCAGGCUCCCUGUUGUCAGUGUACUGAUCUGGGAUCAGUUUAGCCUUUUAAGAUCAUAAUGAAUAAGAUUAUAUAUGGACAGGAAGGACCUCAUCCAAGAUCGGCUUUACGAAUACAUGCCCUGUUCUGACCUGCCAUUGCUCUGUUCUGCUCCAGGACCCUACUGCCCAGAUAGGGGAGAACUGCACCAUCGGGCCCAACGUCACCAUCGGGGCCGGGGUGGUGCUGGAGGACGGGGUCAGGAUAAAAAGGUGUACGGUACUGAAGGGGUCAAGGGUCAGAUCACACUCUUGGCUAGAGUCCUGCAUCGUAGGGUGGAGCUCCUCCGUAGGACAGUGGGUGAGUUAGAGAAGAGACACACACAGUGGGUGAUUUUUAGACCAUGUUGAAUAUUGAGUUGUGUCUGUGUAAUAAUACCACAGAGAUAUUAUUUGUUUGUGUGAAAGAGGAGUAGAGGACAGUUUACCGCUUUAUUAACUAGACUCAAUCUUUACACACACACACACACACACACACACACACACACACACACACACACACACACACAGGGACAGUGGGUGAGUAGACCAUACUCAAAGGCUUACUGUAAAACACUUUGUGACAACUGCUGAUGUAAAUAGGCCUUGAUGAGUAAAUGUGUUUUGAUUUUGACUAUAUAUAUGAAUAGAAGAGCUGUGAUAUAAAACAGGAAAUGUUGUAUUUUUGGGGGGGUGUGUAUAGGACACAGUCUACUGCUUCAUUAACUUGACUCACUCCACUGAUGGCAGCGCACACCCUGCCUGAGUAACAUGGACGUGUGACAUCACACAUACUUGAUGUGCUUGGUUUAAGUUGGGUCUGGUACACAGGAUAUGACACAAUGGAAUUUCCCCCCAAAAAGUCUGCAGACUCUAAAGCCAUACUUCAGAUAAACACAGCAUGGCUGCGUUUACACAGGCUGCCCAAUUCUGAUCUUUUACCCAAUCGUUUGCAAAUGGAGCUGAUCUGGGCAGCCUGUGUAAACUCAGCCUGUUGUGACUCCGUUCUGUUUGAUCUAUAAUUAAAAUAUUCAGUAAAACAGAAAAUCUGAUUUUGGUUUCUCCUUGUCUUGAUCCUAUAUGUGUUUGUCCCUGAAUGUGCUCAUUCCCUCACUGAAAGUUUUUCCAUAAUAUCCAGUGGUCUGUGAACGAUGAUUAGGCCCGAACGCUAAGCCAAAUCAUCAAACGCACCUCAGCUCAAACACUUGAAAUAAAGUUUAUGAAUAAAUGUCUGUAUUUCACAUGUAUACAGUAUGUGUCCUAUGGCUUCUCUCUCUCUAACUCUCUCUCUCUCUCUCAGGUGCGUAUGGAGAAUGUGACAGUCCUGGGGGAGGAUGUUAUUGUGAACGAUGAGCUCUACCUCAACGGUGCCAACGUGCUUCCUCACAAGUCCAUCACCGACUCGGUGCCUGAACCACGCAUCAUCAUGUAG